AUGCCGUCGCGCAAGACGUUCUGCGUGCCCGCCCUCGUGGCCAGCUUCAUCGCCACGGCCCUGCUGCUCCUGGCCACCGUCGGCUCGCCGACGACGUUUGGCAAUGUGACGCCCUUCUACCUCGUCUCGGGCACCGGCCUCAACAACAUCGUCGACGCCGCGCCCAACGCCAACCGCGACCGCCAGAUUGAUGCGCUGCGCUUCGGCAUGUGGGGCUACUGCAGCCGCGGCAGCGUCGACGGCAACUACGGCUACUGCAGCGACAACGACAAUGCCUGGAGCGCACGCUUCAACGCCACGACGAACCUCGACUCUGCCGCCUUUGGCACGUCCGAGAUCGGCCAGUCGUGGACGCGCGGCCUCGUCGUCGUUGUCGUCGCAUUUGUCGUCUCGGUCGUUGCAUUUGCCCUCUCCUUCUUCCCGCACCUCACGCUGCAGCUCGUCAGCUCCAUCCUGCACUUCCUCGCCUUCCUGCUCACUCUGAUCGCAUUCGCGAUUCAGAUCGCUUUCUACAUCUACAGCCGGCGCCAGAUUCGCCAGGUCUCUGCCGCGUUCUACAUGACGCUCAUCUCGCUGCCCUUCCUGCUCUUCGCCGCCUUCACCGUCUGCUGCGGCUGGCGCAGCAGCAAGCGCGGCGACGACUACGCCGCCUCGUCCGAGUACACGGGCGCGAAGGCGCCCGGCCGCUUCUCGCGCUUCCGCCGCAACAAGAAUGCGACGGGCGAGACGGGCGACCAGAUCCCGAUGGACUCGCGCUCCCGCGUCAUGGCGGCCUACGAGAAGGACCAGCCGGCCGGCACCUACUAA